UCACCCGACUGUGAACUCGCGCCGUGGCUGAGCAGUGGCAGCCACGCCGAGCGAGGUAGCUAGCUGACCUGCCUGCAUGGCGCUUCGUGCAAGGACGACGCUCCUGCUGGCGGCUCUCGCCGGCGCCGCCGCGGCCCUCCUGCUGCCGGGCGCCGUCGAGGCCCACGUGCUGCUCUCGCUCGACGACUUCGGCGCCGUCGGGGACGGCAUUGCCAACGACACCCACGCAUUGGUCGACGCGUGGAAGGCGGCGUGCGCCACCGGCGGACACACCUACCUCAACGUCCCCGUCGGCAAGUCCUACCAGAUCUGGCCCGUCACGCUCGCCGGCCCCUGCCGCGACGAGAUCAACCUCCUGAUUUCGGGGAACAUCAUCGCGCCGGAGAGCCCGGAAGAGUGGUCGGACGGCGACCAGGGCAGGUGGCUCCACUUCCGGGGCGUGGGCGACCUGUCGCUGAGCGGCGGCGGCAUCGUCGACGGGCGGGGCCAGCAAUGGUGGGCGGGGACCUGCGAGGACGAGAACUGCACCUCGCACCGCCAGCACGAGGUCGCACCCAUGGCGCUCCACUUCGAGGACUGCCGGGACGUCAGCGUGAAGGGCAUCACGGUGCAGAACGCCCAGCGGCAGCACCUGGCCUUCACCCGCUGCCACGGCGUCGAGGCCAGCUACCUCAGGGUGACCUCGCCGGAGCACAGCCCCGCCACCGUCGGCGUCCUCGUCGCCGGCUCCACCGACGUGCACAUCAAGCACGAUCUCUUCUCCGUAGGUGGUGACUGCGUGUCGAUCGUGGGCGACUCCUCGGAUAUCAAGCUGAAAGCCAUCUCGUGCGGACCUGGCCUCGGCAUAAGCAUUGGGGGCUUGAGCCAGAACCAAAGUGAUCACAGGAUACACAAGAUCAAGACGGACACUAUGUUCAUCGCCAACACCAAGAACGGCCUAAGCAUCUACGAGAACGGCCGCGGCUUCGUGCGCAAGGUGAAGUUCGAGCACGUCAUGAUGAGGAACGUGGCCAACCCCAUCAGCAUCGACCAGAACCGCUCCGCCUCCAACCGGGGAACUCGCCGUGGAACCCCGAACGGGAGCGCGGCGGCGGUGGAUAGGAUCAAGUACAUCGACAUCGCCGGCACGUCGGCGACGGAGCGGGCGGUGACGUUCGCGUGCAGCGACGCCAUGCCGUGCAGGCGCCUGUAUCUGGACGGGGUGAGCCUGAAGGCGGCCGGCGGGGGGAGCACGUCCGCCUACUGCUACCAGGCGUUCGGGAAGCACGCCGGGGACGUCCUCCCGGAGUCGUGCCUCGGCAAGGAGGACUUCGUCCAGCUGCAGGCCCCGGCCGCCGGCACGGGGGACGGAGAAGAUGAUGAUUGGUGAAGCUGCCUCCAAGAAUUGUGCCGCGCGUGGAACUGUAUGAGAUCUUGUAAUGUGAUCCAACGAGCUUUGUUCGUAAGUCUAGAGUUAUUGGCCAUGCACGACAAAUCAGUGCCGCUGUAUCACCAGAUAUGACAAUAACAAAUUAAAUAAAAAGUUAUUCUAUCAAGAAAAAGGCACGAAUUUUAUAUACAA